AUUUCCUCAUAAACAUUUCCGUAGCAUUAUUGAAAUGGAAAUGACUCUCUUCUCAGUUCUGUCCCUCUCUCUCCUCAUCUCAGUCUCUCUACCCUCCCCUUCUCUCUCUGAACCUGAACACUGCAACUCCGAAGACAAAAAAGUCCUCCUCGAAAUCAAAGCAACCCAACCUGAGUACUUGGCCGCAUGGAACGCAGCUAUCGAUUGCUGUGAUUGGGCUGGUGUGGAGUGUGACGAAACCACCAGUCGUGUCAUUGACCUCGCCAUCUUCGGCGGCAACUUCUCCGGCCAAAUCCCUCCCGUCGUCGGCGACCUCAAACACCUCGAAUCCUUAGUCUUCCGCAAACUCCCCAACCUCACCGGAAAAAUUCCUUUUGCCAUUACCAAACUCAUACACCUCAAAGAGAUCAGAUUGAGCUGGACCAACCUCUCUGGUCCUGUCCCUUCAUUCUUUGCUCUGCUCAAAAACCUAACCUUCCUCGACUUGGCCUUCAACAACAUCAUCGGUUCGAUCCCUCCCGAGCUAGCCCAACUCACCAACCUCGGCGCCAUUCACUUAGACAGGAACAAGCUCACCGGAACCAUCCCCGAAUCCUUCGGAAAGUUCACCGGAACAGUCCCAGACCUUUAUCUCUCUCACAACCAACUCACUGGACCAGUACCAAAGUCUUUGGGUAACUUGAACUUUACAGUCCUUGAUUUUUCACGUAACCAGCUUUCUGGUGAUUUGUCAUUCAUCUUCGGAUCCAACAAAACCAUACAGAUAGUUGACUUUUCGAGGAACAUGUUCGAGUUUGAUCUCAGCAACAUUGUGUUUCCGGCGAGCUUGACAUCGUUGGAUUUUAACCACAACAAGAUCUUUGGGAGUCUUCCGGCGGACUUGACGGCUCUGAAUUUUCAGUUCUUGAACGUGAGCUACAAUAGGCUGUGUGGUGCGAUCCCGACAGGUGGAAAGUUGCAGAGCUUUGAUCUGACAUCGUAUUUCCACAACAGGUGCUUGUGUGGCGCACCAUUCCCGGUCUGCUAAGUUUCAAGUUUCAAGUCAACAUUGUAAUAAUAAUUUGUUUCAAUAAUAAUAGCGUGAACUUACAUUUCGCUUCAUUAGGGAGAGCCAAGCACUUGUCAAUUUGGGCAAAAAUUGUGAAUCAGACUUGCAUUAUCUUUAAAAAUAAAAAAAACAAAUUUGAGUAAUAAUUC